UUGAGGCCGGUGUGUUUCAGACCAAAUCAGAUGUAGAAGAAAUGCCUCACAGCGUUGGAAUUAGUAUAUUAUUGAAUGAGACAGAGGCAUUGAAUACAUCCGUCAUUGUGAGAACAAAUGCAACAAAGACAAAUGACUUGCCAAUGGUCAGAAUAAGGUUUGAUGAAAGCCACUCACCCGAAAUCAAUCCUCUAUGUAAUACCUUUCUAACACUACUGAUAGAUACACCAUCAAACAGAACAGAGUCCUUCAAUUUCAGUUUGUGGACACAGGAAGAAAGCGGCACAGGGGAUGCAACAAUUGUUAUAAGAAAAAUAUCUGUUAAAAGUGUUGAUAAAACUAUAUUUUGCUUUCAUUUUAAUGUUUCGUAUAAUAAAACUGAAAAUUCUACGGUUCAGAAUUUUGCCAUGGUACACAUGAAGUACAUAAAUUCCGCCAAAAUAAACACUUCUCAUUUGAUAAAUCUAUCAAUCGAAAUAUAUAUUGAUCCUGAUAAAAUAAAAUUUUGCAGCAACCAUAUCAUGUUUGUAAGCAUAGGAAAUUUGACGAACAAAUAUAAACUAAGGUUGAAACUUCCCGAAGUGUUUAACGACCAACACAAAAGACUUAUUGGACAACUUCACGUGUUAUUUGACAAUGACAACAACACCUGUUUGACUCUGCCUAACAAGGGCAACCUUCCUCUGCUGUUUUGGACUAGAAUUCAAACAUCUUGGUUUGGAAUUAAUGCAUCGGAAUUCGAAAUAACUCUGACUGGCAAAGGAAUAUCGUGCCAAAUGCAUGGUGAAAAGGUUUUAAAGGUAUCUUUUCCAGUCUCGAAUUCGACGAAAGGAUUUAAUGGUGACUUCAACUUUUGUAAAUUGACGUAUGAUGGUGAAAUGAAAAAUACUAGCAUCAUCAGAUGUGUGUAUAGAUGUCUCUGCCGGAGCGAAAUGGAGUGUAGCGAGGUUUUUCUGUUCCUCGCAAAUAAUGGAGAUGUAGCUCUCUGGAAUUUAUGUGACAUAAGUGCCGAUAAUAUCUAAGAGUUGACAUUUUAGUAAGCAUUGUACAUAAUCAUUAAGGAAGACAAUUUAAAUGUACCAUUUGGUGCUUUCUACUCUGUUUUCCUUUUGCAUGCAAGCAAAACAUAGCAGCGUUGAAUGAAAUUUAAUUUUUGGUCAGCGAUUUA